CAUUCCCUACUUGCAGUCUUGCAUCCUCAAGAGGCUGAUCAGGACUUGGAAGACGCAUCAGCUUGGCUUCUGGCAUCACUGAGAGAUCAGAUUUAGUUUUGGGAGCCACUAAGAAUUUCUUCCCAUAGAAUGGAACAAGGCUGGAAUCCAAGAGUUUGACUGGCAAGGCCACAGCUUUUUCAAGCUUCAAUUCAUCUUCUGUCUUGGACAGGCAUUUUUGGGAUUUGCUUCCAGCAAGGAGAAUGCCAAAGCAGAACAUGGGAGAGCUUUUUUAUAAGCACUUUUCCUGGGCAGCCUGUUUCUUGGGCCUGUGGAUUACUCUGGUCCAAGCAAGGAUCAAGAUUGUAUCCAUUCCGGAGACCCCUGUCGAAGGCCAGAACGUCACUUUCUCUGUGGAAAAUGUUCAGGGUGACAUCCGCGAGGUCAGCUGGUUCCGAGGGAUGGCCUCUCAGGGGUCCACAAGGGUCUUUAGCUACUUUCCUGGAAAUGGUCGUCCGCAGCGCAACGGGGUCCAGUUUACCAACAGAGAAUUUGGUUUCCCCAAUGGGUCUCUUCUCAUCACUGGAAUCAGGCCCAGUGACGCUGGCCGAUACAACGUCAUAAUCCUCCUCCGGCCCAAAGAAAUUCUCAAUGCCUCCACUGACCUUCAGUUGGCUACACCAUCUCUGACAACAGCAACCACAGCAACCACAGCGACAAUAGCAACCCCACCCAUUAAGGAACUGCCUCCAAGGCCUUCGAUGGUGGGCUGGAUCGUGGCUGGUGUGUUGGUUGGGAUUUUGCUCUGUGGUGCCUUAGGAGCUGUUAUGGUUUACCGGUUUGUUUUACAGAAGUCGGAACCAGGAACAGGGGUAGCAGGAAAAUUGGAUCUAAGAGCAAAAAAGCCACCUGCGUCUAAACAUGAUGAUAAGGAACCCAUUUAUGAGGUGAUGGAUUCUCCGGUGGAAACUCCAAAAGGUCCCCUCCCAAUCUCUGGCCCUCUUCCGCCUCUUCCAGGGACCUGCCUCAAGUUGGACUCAAACUAUAUGGAUUUGCUCUACAAAGCAGAUUCCGUUUACUCUGAAAUCAAGAGGUGAUGAUGCAGCUGAAAGAUUGUUGUCUUCCUGAUUCCUGGCUCAUCUCUCAUCCGCAAUAAUGACCCAUCCCAGGAUAUUGGGAUGAAAACAAAGUAAUCCAUAUAUUUCUACCUUUAUGGGAUCAAGGAUUCUUUCUCUGCUAGACUGUGAAUACAGCAAAUAACUUUAACCUAUUGUUAAGUUCAGAUCUUAGUGAGUCCAAGACUGUCUCGUGAUGGAAUGGAGUCAAAUGGAAUUGAGUGGUCACUUGGCUCUCAUCUUUCACCCAAAAUGUGGGCCAUAAUUUAGAAGAUCUAGAGGGAUGGAAGAAGAAAUGGACAGCUAGGGCCAUCACUCAAUAUUGACUUGAUCAUGCAAUUGUUCUGAAAAGUCCAAGGACCCCAAAUAAUUCAUAUAUAGAGAAAAGCCCUGUUUUCUCUGGAUGUGUGUGCAGAGCCAUCAGCUUUGAGGUAGAUUGUCAACCUGGAAGAUUAGCUGCUCCAAGACAGCCAGAUUUGGUGGAAGACUUCCUGUCUGAGGAUUUCAGCAACUCUAAUUUUCUAUCUCCAAGGGCAAGAGCAUUUAAUUCCGUCUCACAUCUGCAGUGUUGAUGUUCUCCCCAUUUUUCUACAUCAUCUUGUUACAACAACAUCAUGUCUAAACUGGUUUAUUUUCAUUCUAUUGUUUGGGGGUGUUGUUUUUGUUUUAAAUAAAGGGCCGCCCUUUUCUAAGGGUGGAGCACUUAUCUCAA